GUUUACCUACAGUCCCCAAUCAUGGCACUUCCUGUCAUAUAUCUGAAUUAAAGAUCCUUGCAGCCUUGUAAGUCCUAUGCUGCGUGCGGAGGUAUUCAGCCACGCGACAAAGGAGCCAGUCAAAUGGCCUAACAGUCCAAGUCUGACGUGACACAAACGUUUCCUAAAAAAUCCCUUACUUAUGUCUUAGAGCCUGAAAAGAAAUCGACCGGCUGCUGAGACGGGGUUCCAACGACUCCCAUCUUAGUUGUUUUCAGCUCGCGAUCCUAUCCUUAACCCUAGAAAGCUUCUGUUCUCGCCCCUUUCGAUGAGGUUGCCGUCUACGCGCUCGCAACCAACUUGACUUUAUUCUUCGGGAUUAUCUUUUCAAGAUGAAAAUCAUUCUAUGAGAUUGUUUCCUAAACCAAGUUUAAGAUGUCAAAAUGCAUACCAGCAUAGGCCUAUCUCUGGGCUUUGUAUUCCUCUACACUUCACUUAUAGGGUAUCUGCGAUCAUCAUGUUGGAAAGAUCCAACAUCCAAAUUCUUUCAAGCCCAACGGGCAUAUAUCCCCACGUAUUCGGCGCAUCGGAUACAAGAAGCUGUAAAAUACGCCGACAUAGUAGGAACAGAACAGUCAGAGGAGAGAAAUAGGACAGACCCACCCGAACUAUGCAUAGGUAUUCCCUCGGUGCAAAGAGAUGGCAUAUCAUAUUUGAAGUCAACAUUAGGCUCCCUCCAACACGGCCUAAGCGCAGGGGAACGAGCAAGGCUUCGCUUUGUCGUGCUUCUAGCACAUACCGACCUAGAGAAGCAUCCAGACUAUGACCAGCCAUGGCUCAAGAACAUGGCGGACAAGCUUCCUUCGUAUUAUGACGACGCCGAAUAUCUAGCUCUUGCUCACCAGAUGGAACGAAACCAAAGUCAUGGGAUCAAGGCCAAGUUUGACUAUUCAAUCGUCAUGGAAGAGUGUGAGAAGACGAGUGCGCCGUAUAUCCUGGUUGUCGAAGAUGACGUAGUCUUCUUAGAUGGGUGGCGGCACCGAACCAUGCAAGCAUUAGACACGGCCACCACCAAAUCCUGGGGGGCCGGCCAUACUGACUUCUUGUACUUGCGACUGUUCUAUUACGAAGGCCUUCUAGGCUGGAACUCGGAAUCCUGGCCGAAAUACUUGGGAUCGUCCUUGGUAGUCGCUGCUGGCGUCCUUGGUGUACUACUCCUAGUACGGCGAUGCAUGCCCAAAGCGCGCCUACACCUGACCCAUCCCGUAUUCUUCCUCGCCAUCUUCGUCUUCACGCCUCUCCUCAUCAUCCUCUUCUUCACUGCGGGAGGCAAUUGCGUCAUGCCGCGGCCCGAAGGCGUUCGUCUUAUGACGAAGAACGCAUGUUGCGGUCAGGGGUUAGUUUUCCCGCGGACGACCGUGAGCAACGAACUGCUGCCCCACUUCCGCAGUAACCGGUGGUCCCAGGUGCCAACGGAUAGUUUCAUAGAGGAGUAUGCGGAAGAGACGGGCGGGCUACGCUGGGCGUUGACACCGGUUGUGAUGCAGCACGUCGGCGGUCAGAGCAGCCAUGGCGUGUAUAGGGGCACGUAUGGUACCAUGACGCCGAGCCACAUCUGGAAUUUCGGGUUUGAGAGUAACGACGCGGAAAGACUAGCCACGGAGCAUUUGAGGGUCAAUCACCAAUACAGCUGAUAGUUCUAACUGCAUGUAUAGAAGCCAGCUUGUGAAGGGUAAAGAUGAGGAGAGGAUGAAGAUAACAAAUACAGUAUGAAGUUACGAAGUUAGACUCACGA